CGCCAUUACAAUUUGUUUAAAGUUUUGUUGUUUUGGUCAGAUUUUAACGACAUUGUGCAAGAGUAACACUGGUCUGACACAGACCGCUCUUAUGUUUUGAUCAAUUUAAUUGAUAUAUUAAAAUGUCAACGGAAUGGGUCGGUAGUGUUGUUUCUCUGGACUGUGGAGAAUCUUUAGGAACGUAUCAAGGACAGGUGACGUGUAUUAACAAUGCAUCGCAAACAUUAACACUCAGGAAUGCUUUUAGAAAUGGAUUGAAAUGUGAAGUCCCUGAUAUAACUUUAAGUGCUAAAGAUAUUCAAGAUUUGAAAAUCUUGAGCUCUCCAGAGAAUGCGAGAGACUUGUUCUCUAGAAAAGCAACCCCUUCCAAAUUAUCAAAAGAAGUCGAAGAAUCAAUAAAUCCCAAGUGCCCUUCACCAGUCAAGGUCAUUCAUACCUCUGGUACAGCUACCAAUGGAUUUCACGGCCCAGGCCAUCCAAUGACUGCUGGGACUAAUGGUUAUAAUAACAGACUUACACCAACUCAGGAUUAUCAUGGUUACCUAAACGGACACAAUGGGUAUAGUUCACGGAAUAACGGACAUCAGCGUCUGACACCUACACGGGAUCCCGACGUUAGACGACCCAAUGGUACUGAAAAUAAACCAGUGAAAAAACCCACGACCCCAAGAAAAAUUGAGGGUCGUAAUAACAAUGCGCGCCGUGGAAGUCAGAGACAGGACUGCUUUAGUGCUCCCGUUGAUUCCUUCAUAAAAGACUUUGAUUUUGAGAAAAAUUUGGCCUUGUUCGAUAAACAGGCUGUUUUUGCAGAGAUCGAGAAUGGUUUCCCCGAGGGUUCCAUUAUUGAUAAAAAACCUACGAAAUAUAGAUGUGAUGAAAAUGUUUUGACGUCCGGACCUGUCGUCUUACAACAAAUAAAAACGCCGUCGACAAGCGGGAAAAGUUAUGUUACAGAUUCAGGUUUGGUUGUCCCUAGUAUUAGUGCUGAUUUACGUGCUCGAUUACUCAACUCGGCUGUUAGUUACGGUAUUACACUGGACCGUCAAGUUGAAAUGGUUGGUCGUUCAGCUAGUGAGAUGGUUUUACAGCUUCUAGGAGGAUAUCAUAGAUUGAGUCCACAGAACGGUCAUCAGCUACCUAUUGUUGUUAUUCUAUGUGGACCUCAUAUUCAAGGAGCGGAGGGUAUUAAUUGUGCAAGGCAACUAGCCAAUCAUAAUGUUAAAACUAUUCUUUAUGUGCCAAAUAAUGUUAAACUGCCUGCUGAAGUAGAGAGGGAGUUGAUAUUGUACGACCUCUGUAAUGGAAAGAAAACAAGCUCUGCAAAAGAUUUACCUGCAGUGCCUGUUGAUAUGAUUGUUAACGCUCUGGAUAACGAUGAAAAUUUACAUUUACGACAUCAGUCAUGGUAUAAACCGCUCGUAGAUUGGGCUGGUAAUAAACGAGCGAAUUGUCUAGCUAUUGAUCCGUCUGUUGGAGGGUCAGCCAUUGAUGCUAAAUGGAGUCUUGCUAUCUGCUUGCCACUGAGUUUACAAUCACCCACGAGUCAAGUUUAUUUAUGUGAUCUGGGAAUUCCUAAAAAGGUUUUUACGGAUGUGGGUAUUAGAUAUAUGUCACCAUUUGGUCACAAAUUUGUCAUUCCCCUUCACGAGAGAACCUAGUUAUCUCUCAUUUAUAUCGUGCUCAAGUAAAUGGCAAAGAAGUGCAGCAGCUAUGUGCAAUAGGGCCAAAGUUUUUAGUCAUUUUUCCCAUUUCACCGUUCGUUGCUCGUAUCAAUGUUUUCCACAAUUUACAAACUGAUCUUGUUUUCAUUACAAUGAAUAGAAACUCCAUUGAUCAACAGAUUUAACUUUCAUUUCCUGGUUCCAUGAGAAUCAUGGAAAAUUUGCGAUUCUUUGAUCUCCUUUUCUCGGAUGUCAUAGUUAUUUGUCGGAGUCGGAGAAGAAAUCAGCUUUGCUGGCUGUUAUAAGAUAAUGAUCUUCCUGAAAGAUGAUCAUAAAAAUAAAGAACGAUAGAAUAAGUGUACAGAGAAAAUAAAGGAAUUAAGAUGCCAAAAAUAUAAAGGAAUAUAUUUAAAUAAUCGUCCAUGUAAAUAAUGAGUCAAUGUGUAUGUUUUAAGCCUCUGGGGUAAAUGGAGGUUAUAUGUGCUACAUUAUUUAUAAUCUGUAUAUGUUGAUAUGAUGUGUAAAUAACCAUAGAUUUAUCAUCUAUUUAUGAUAUAGGAAUUUAAAAAAAACAACCUAUUUUGUGCUAA